CAGGGCGGUCCCGAUUACUAUGAAGACUAUGAUCAAGGUUACCUAGAGGCAGCUGCUUACUAUGACGCCGACACCAACGCCUUUGUUAUGCCCUAUGCCCAGCCUGUUACCCGUCGUGCCAUGACUCCACCUCCCAGUAACCGUCAAGGUGCUCCGAGGGGCGGCUCGCGUGGCCCCGGCCCGCGCUUCCGCGGUGCUAAUGGAAAUGGCGGAACCUUCUCUCCCGGCCCUGGUGGACGUCCUCGCGCUGGAUCGGCCUUUGGUCCAAGACCGGAUUCCUCCGCAUCUGGCGCAUGGGCUCGCCAAAACCAGCCAAAGAAGAACUUGCCUCCUCCGGCUGCUUUAACCACGCUGCCAACGCCAGCUAAGCUCGGUGACGAUUCUUUCGCCAUCUUCAACGCCGCUGAUUUUGCUCCCCCGUCAAGCAUCAGGGAUAAUGUUGCCGGCCGCAGCCAAAGCCCCUUUGGCGAGCGAAAGGCCUUCCUGCAGCCACCAACUGCAGCCACACCACUGGCGACUGCUUUUGAAGAUCUAACACCUUUGCCCAGCCCACACUUGCUCCGAAAAUCCAGCACCUUCACCGGCCUGGAUUUCGCCCCUCCCAAGAAGUUCAGAGAUCCCGAAGUUGCCAGCGACGCAGGCAGCAUCAGGAGUAACAAGAGCGGCAUCUCUCAGACGCAGCUCAAUGCCAUCCGCAGUGGAGCAGGCCGCAUCAGUCGCCUUCCAGGUGACACAGUUUUCACGACAGCUGCCAUGGACGACCAGCUGAAGCCCUCAUGGACGCUGCGACCUUAG